CCAGGCCUUAAAAUAUCUUCCCCUCCAGAACGAAAGGCAGCAGUGGAAGCUUCAGGGACAUUCGGUCUGGAGCAAACUUUCCAAAACUUUUUUGAUCAACCAUUUGCAGACACUUUGGUGAGAAUUCAGAGAUGGUCCGGGAGGAAUAUACAACAGCAACUCAAGGAACAAGCCUAGAGAGGCCGGAGAACCAGUAUGUGUAUAAUAUUGGGAUAUAUGGAUGGAGAAAACGCUGCCUCUAUCUGUUUGUUCUCCUUCUUAUUAUCAUCCUCGUAGUCAAUUUGGCUCUUACUAUUUGGAUCCUCAGAGUUAUGUGGUUUUCAUCUAGUGGAAUGGGACACUUACGUGUUACAAGUGAGGGUCUUCGUCUUGAGGGGGAGUCUGAGUUUCUCCAUCCACUCUAUGCCACAGAAAUCUGUUCAAGAGUGGAUGAUUCCCUUCUUUUGCAUUCUUCACAAAAUGUGACUGUAAAUGCACGGAACGCUGACGGUCACAUUACAGGAAGACUAACAGUGGGUCCUAAAGCGGUAGAAACACAUGGCCAGCAUUUUCAGAUAAACUCAAGGAAUGGAAAGAUGCUCUUUUCUGUUAACGAAGAUGAAGUUUUAGUUGGAACAGGGAAGCUCAGAGUAACAGGACCAGAGGGUGCCCUAUUUGAACAUUCUGUGGAAACUCCUCUUGUUCGAGCUGAUACAUCAAAGCAACUCAGAUUGGAGUCACCAACUCGAUCGUUGAGCAUGGAUGCACCAAGAGGCAUUCACAUAAAAGCACAAGCUGGGAACAUUGAAGCUCUUUCCCAAAAGGAUAUUAAACUGCACAGUAGUGAAGGAAUGCUUGUGCUGGAUGCUGAAACAGUGCGAAUGCCCAAAUUGCCUCAUGGAUCGAAGGGGACGUCUGGCAGCUCUCAGGAACUCUAUGAAAUUUGUGUCUGCCCAGAUGGGAAACUCUACCUGUCGGUUGCUGGUUUGGGAUCCACUUGCCAAGAAUAUAGCCGCGACUGCCAGUAAAAAAAACUUUGACAGGCACUUUGUCUCUGGAUAAUAAUACAUUUUAUAAGGACCGGUGACUUUCCUUCUCUUUGCUAAAAUUAUUUCAGAGACUUUAAAACAAAAAAAUCAAGAACACCGCAUAGGCUGCAAAUUUGUAUUUCAGAUUAUUGACUUAAAAAAUGUAAGUAUUUUUUUAGCCAGUGUUAAAUAGCACAAGUAACUUCAGGCUGGAAAAAGAUAUAUCAUUGGAAAGUCGUCUUGGCUAAAACUAGUAUAUCAAGGCUGUAGUUUUUGGAAA